AUGCUGGGCCCCUGGGCCCACUCCAGUCAAAAUCAGAACCAGGGCCAACGCCCCAAUGGACGCCCAGCUCGCAACAUCACAGGACCGCAAUCGGCCCUGACCGAUUUUCUUGCCGCAGCACAGUCCCAUAACAUUUCUGCUCGCCAAAUCAGAGAUGAUGCCGAUCAGCGCCGCCAGCAAGCCGCCGCUGCUGCGCGACUGAACAGCCAGGAAUCCUCUACCCCGGCCCCUGUGGCCUCGUCGAGCGGCACCCGCACACGCUCGGCACGUCGCGAUACCGGCGAGGAAAUUGGCAGCAACAAGGCCGAGGAGAAAAAUGCCAUCGAAAAGGUCAAGACAACAAAGGCGUUUAAGAAACGCAAGAAACGCAUUCUUGACUCUGAUGACGACGAAGAGGUUGCGCGGGCCAUCUUCGAGACGAAACACGCGCCGCUGCCUGGCCAAAUGGAGAACUGCGCCAUUUGCGGAAAACGAUUCACCGUGACACCCUACUCCCUCGCUGCCCCCGGCGGCGGGCUACUGUGUGCGCCUUGCGGCAAGGAACUUGCAAAAGAACGCCAAGGUCAACCCAAGAAGAAACCUCGAAAGCAAGUCGGCGGCGUAGGCUCGCGCCGUGCCAUGCAAAGCCGUAUUCUCGACGGUGACGUGGGCACAAAAAGCCUUGCCACUCUAUGCGUCCAGACCCUCGCCAAGAAUGUCGACAUGGCGGACAGCUUGGGCGACCUGCCGGACCACUUGGUCGACAAGAUUGCGAGGCUCUUCUCCAAAGGCAGGCUGCUGAAGCCCGAAACCUUGCCUUUGUUUGCGCAGCCGACCACUGAGACUCUUCACAUCUACGACGGCGCGAAACUCGGCGAGCAGGACUUCAUCAGCGCCUUCCAGGUUGCCCCGAACCUGCGAAGGUUCAAAGCUCGUUGUGCCAUCCAGUUUAAAGACGGGGUCAUGGACUACGUCCUCUCGCGUGACACAUCUUUGGAGAGCUUCUACCUGCACGGCGCCAACCUACUGAGUGAGAGAAAGUGGCACGAGUUCCUUGCGCAGAAAGGACGAGGACUCAAGGGCCUGCAGGUCUACUACACCGAUUGCCAUUUUGGCGACGAGAGCAUUGUGAAACUGGCCGAACACUGUCCCGAUUUGCUGCGUCUGAAGGUCGAAAACAACCAGAAGCUUACGGACAAGGGCGUCGAGGCCAUUGGUGAACUGCCUUCUCUUGAACAUGUGGGCCUGCAAUUGCAGAACCGCUCCUCCUCAUCAGCCAUCGUCGGCUUCGUCUCCAAGAUAGGGGAGAAGCUCAAGACCUUGUCUCUCAAGAUUAUGCCAGAAGCCGACGAUUCCGUCUUGAAAUGUAUCCACAAUAACUGCCGGUCGCUCAACAAACUGCGCAUCACCGACAGCGAAAGAAUGACGGACCAAGCCUUUGCGGAGCUCUUCACCGGAUGGGCCAAUGCCCCACUGCAGUUCGUGGACUUGCAGAAGUGUCGACACAUCGACUCGACUCGGCCGCGCGACAAUGACGACGGCGUUGGGCUUUGCAGCGAAGGCUUCAAGGCACUGAUGGCGCACUCUGGACCCAAGCUCGAAACCCUCAACGUGCACGCCUGUCGGCACAUUUCGCGGGAAGCGUUCGAGGAAGCCUUCAACGACAAAGCCCAUUACCCGGAGCUGAGGGAAUUGGAGAUCAGCUUCUGCGAAGAGGUGACAGACUUUGUGCUGGGUUGCAUUUUUCGCGCCUGUCCGAAGAUCAAGGAAGUCAACGUGUUUGGCUGCAUGAAAGUCAAGGACGUGAGAGUCCCCCGAGGCGUCAUCCUUGUGGGGGUGCCCAAUGCCCAGGGCAUGAUCACCGAGGGAGUGGAUUGA